GCUGUACUGCGCAUGCGCUUAAUCCACCGGCGCUAUUAGCCGUUAGCAGCAGCGAUGCCGACCGUCGGCGUUAAACGGGACCUUCUGUUCGAGGCUCUGGGCAAAACAUACACUGAUGAAGAAUUCGAUGAGCUCUGCUUCGAGUUUGGCCUCGAGCUGGACGAGAUUACAUCGGAGAAGGACAUAAUCAGCCGCGAACAGGGCGAUCAGAAAGCUGAGGGAGCCUCGGAUGUGGUGUUGUAUAAAAUCGACGUCCCGGCCAACAGAUAUGACCUGCUGUGUCUGGAGGGACUCGUCAGGGGACUGCAGGUGUUCAAGGAGAAGAUAGAGGCGCCGCGUUACAAGCGCGUGAGUCCAGCGAACGGAGAGGCGCAGCGGCUCAUCAUCACAGAGGAGACAGCGGGCGUGAGGCCGUACGCGGUGGCUGCGGUGCUGCGGAACAUCACGUUCACACCGGAGCGCUACGAGAGCUUCAUCGAGUUGCAAGAGAAACUGCACCAGAACGUCUGCAGGAAAAGAACGCUGGUUGCCAUAGGAACGCACGACCUGGACACCAUCUCGGGGCCGUUCACGUACACGGCGAAGGCGCCGGAGGAAAUCCGCUUUAGGCCGCUGAGUCAGAAACAGGAGUACACGGCCACUCAGCUCAUGAGCCUCUACAAGAUGGACAGCCACCUGAGACAUUAUCUGCACAUUAUUGAGGACGAGCCGCUUUACCCCAUCAUCUAUGACAGCAACGGAGUCGUCCUGUCCAUGCCGCCCAUCAUCAACGGUGAUCACAGCAAAAUUUCCGUCAACACACGGAACGUGUUUAUCGAGUGCACGGCCACGGACCUCACCAAGGCAAAGAUAGUAUUGGACAUGAUCGUGACCAUGUUUAGCGAGUACUGCAGCGAGCCGUUCACGGUUGAGGAGGCGGAGGUUGUGUAUCCCGAUGGUCGGAUGUUCUCCUAUCCUGAGCUGGCCUACAGGACGGAAAUCCUGUCAGCGGACUUCAUCAACCACAGAGUCGGCAUCAAUGAGACAGCCGAGAGCGUCGCGCAUCUCCUGACCCGGAUGUGUCUGAAGUCAGAGGUCACGGGAGAGGCCGAUCAGAUCCGAGUGGAAAUCCCGCCCACUCGCUCCGAUAUCAUCCACGCCUGCGACAUCAUGGAAGACGCCGCCAUGGCGUACGGUUUCAACAACAUCACCAGGACAACACCGCGCACGUACACGGUGGCCAAUCAGCUCCCUUUGAACAAGUUGACUGAGCUCUUGAGGUCGGAUCUGGCAGCAGCGGGAUUCACUGAAGCUCUGACUUUUGCCCUGUGUUCCCGAGAGGACAUCGCAGACAAACUGGGGAAGGACAUCGCAGAGACGAGAGCCGUCCACAUCUCCAACCCUAAAACCGCCGAAUUCCAGGUGGCGAGGACGACGCUGCUUCCCGGGCUGUUGAAGACCGUGGCUGCAAACAGGAAGAUGGCGCUACCUCUAAAAUUGUUCGAGAUCUCAGAUGUAGUGCUAAAAGACGAAGACAAAGACGUUGGAGCACGCAACAACAGGCGUCUGUGUGCGGUUUACUACAACAAGACACCCGGCUUCGAAGUGAUCCACGGCCUCCUGGACCGGCUCAUGCAGCUGCUGGAUGUCAAACCGGGUCGUAACCAUGGUUACCACAUCCAGGCCUCAGAAGACUCCACCUUCUUCCCGGGCCGCUGCGCUGAAAUCUUUUUCAGCGGGAAAAGCAUCGGGCGCCUCGGCGUCCUUCACCCCGACGUCAUCACCGCCUUCGACCUCACCAUGCCGUGCUCCGCCCUCGACAUCGACAUCGAGCCCUUCCUGUAGCCUCGCUAUUUAAACUAAACCACGCCCACACACAAACACUCUGAUCACUAGCCAUGCCUGCGAACUAGCUGUUACUGAUGCAUCUUGUAGCUCCGCCCAUAUAAGGAAGUAGUGGGUGGAGUCAUGUCUCUGUGAAGGGUAAAGUGUGCGAGACUCCUUUUUAUUUGUCCCGUUCUGUUGCAGGUGCAGUGUAAUGAUUAUUAAACAAACGUCUCUGAUGUACUGUA